AUGGUCGCAGCAAACUAUGCCGACCGCAACUACACCACAGUCACAUUCUCUCCUCCCGGUAUCAAGGUAUCAGGGGCGAAAUACAACUUCGACUACUCCACCGGAACUCUGUUCAAUAGAUUCUUCAUUGUCAAACCGGACAAGGACAUUGUGCCGCAAAUUGAUGUACAGAAAGGCACGGUCAUGGACAUCCCCUGCUAUCUCAACGCCCUCCCAUGCCACGGGUUAUCAAACACAAUCAACACACUCGCCACGUCCUGUGGAGAUCCGGCUGGUCGCAGAAUCAACGAAACCACCUAA